AUAUAUAUAUAGUUAUAUUAUUGAUGUCACAUUUCAAAGAUUUUUGCUCGGACAAUAGAUAAAUUAAACGAGAAUAACUAAACUUUAUUGAGAAAUUUGUUCUUGGCUCUUUUCUAACUCUUGAAAAACAUAUGUUUCAAAAAAAAAAAAAACUCUUGAAAAGCAUAUCCAUAAAAUAAAAUUAUCUCAAUUUUUUGUGUAUGUGAUCCCUUGUCCUCAUGUCAUUCUAAAUACAUUAUUAAAUAAUAUAUUCCUAAAUGAUCUUCAGUAUUUUUUUAAAAUUCCAUUAUUUAUUCUAAAUAAUAUAUAAUUUGUGAACAUGUCAAAUUCCAUACAUUCAUUAAAAUAUAUAUUGAUUUUGUGUGAUUUCAUAAACUAAUUAAAGCGUAACAAAUAUAACAUGAAAAUUAAUAAUUGAAUUUGUAAGAGAAACAAAUAGACCCUCGUGAUAACUAAUUUUGGGGACAAUAUAUUGUCUUUCUUCUUCUUCACUGACUUUCGAAGUGCAUUGAUACAAUAACGGUAGUUGAUACGGCUUUGGAAGCAAUGUCCAUCCUCUCCAAAGGAAAGGGAAAAAUCAAUGUUAUGAUAAUCAAUGUCCAUUUACGUGAUUUGCCUUCUUUUCAACUUUUGGCUCAAGCUGUGGCCUUGGAUAUCAUUUCACUAUUUGUAUGUGAUGAACACAAUGCACUCUCAGCAAAGAAGGCUUUGAACGAUGGGGCUCACCUUUACUUACAAAAGCCACUAAACGAGAAAAUGAUGAAAUACUUAUGGCAAUUGUAUUGGGGAAAAAGAUGCAAAAGGAAAAAGCAAGAGAAGAAUUAGAAGAAAAUGGAGAUCAGAUGAAUAUUGGUGAUGCUGCUGAUGUGGAUCACAAUAACAUUAUUGGAGAUGAAGAACCAGUAGGAGAGAGGAAUAUCCCUAAUGUUGAGGAACGGAGCAAUAAUAUUUAUGGGGCUGAGAACGAUGUCGUAUCAAAUGAAAAAUCUAAGCUUUGGAGAAAGAGGGGUAGAAAUAACACAAAAGAGACUAAUGAAGGAGAGAACCAGAGCAGCGUUAAUGAAAUCAUUAGACGAAAGGUCUGCACAGAAUGGACUAUGGAUCUUCAUACAAAAUUCAUGGAAGUUGUGCAACAACUUGGUGAAGGAAAAAUGUCGUAAUGACACUUGGAGAGCUCUAGAAAAUCGAAAAUCUAUUCAUCACCCAUCAGGUGAGGGAUCCUCAAGUGCUUCUAAAAAGAGAAGUAGCUUUAGAAAAAUUGGGACAAUGCUUCGUCUCCAGAUAAUGCCUCAUCUCCAGAUAAAUGUUACAAAUCUGCAGCAACAACAACAACAACAUAGCCCAGAAACCCGAAGAGGCCCAGAGUAUCCAUAUACACCAUUUAAUACGAAUGAUAUUUUUGCUAGAGGAGAGAGUUCAACUCAGCAGCAGGUCUAUCACCCACAAAUUCAAGUUGAUCCCUACUACCUCACUAUUGGCAGCCCAUAUAAUAACCCAUUUCUAUCUGCACAAAAUAAUGUUAGUGGUGGGAUACAACAACAUGGCCCAUUAUUUGAAAUGUUGGGAUCACAAGGACUACAAGACCCAGUUAUUGGAACCACUAAUUAUAUGCUUGGGCUGGUGUUUAACGGUGGGGAUCAUCAUGCUCAAAAUGACUACAACUUGAAUGUCGAUAAGGCCCAUGUAACAACAUAUUCAGGUAGCACCGAGUGUCCAGUUUCCAGGAAUAGCAAAUCUUCCUGAAAAAACAUCAACCUGAUGAUCCAAUACAGUCUAAGGGCUCUUUGCAUAGCCAGAGUUAUUUUCUCAAGUGAAAAUUGCAUAUUUCUGAAAACUAUGUAAUUUCAUUUUUAAUUUUUUUAUAUUACAUCGUGGUUGGGGGGAAGGAAAAGAGAAUACUACAGCUCCACCUCAUGGAAGGCAAAAGGAGAGCUUGUUACUGUUUUUUUUUACCUGAUAAAUAAGAGGUAAGAUAUGUAUCAUUUUAUUCGAAGAAGGGAGGAGAUUGUGGGAUGGAGCUUCAUCCAUAUGAUAUUGUACUUGGAUUUACAAGGCCCAGCGUAAUUACACUCGCAUUUUGUUAACUAAAAUUUACUUGACAUAACUUAUAUUAUUAUCUAUUUAUGGAACAUAAUUAAACUUUACAAUAAUUAUAUUUAGUAGCUAAAAUAUAAUAUAUUUACUUCCUAUAGCUACCACUUUUUUACCACUCAUCUGAUAACUUCCCACACCUCUAA